AUGAGAAUCCAAAUACGGUUGUCGCUUGCCGCUGUGGGUCUUGCCUUCGCUGAACCGAUUCAACACCAACGACGUUGCGACGUGGAAAGUCUCAGCACGUGUAUAAAAGAAGAAGUCGUCGGUGAAACUCAGGACCUUCAAGACGAUGUUAACGGUAUGAAAGACGAUGCACUAAAAGCCCCUGGCUUCUGUGUUGAUCAAACUAUCCAAGCAAUCACUGGUGCAGACCAUGAAAAACCGAGCGAUGACGAUUGGGCUGGCUUUGAGCAUCGAUGCCCCCAAAGGCUUCUAGAGUUCUUACAAGGCGCUGCUUUGAGGGAGACUCUACCGAUGACGUUACAAGAACUUCCCUCCAAACUCCGAACAGCUUUGGAAAAAUGUGUGGCGGUGGGGAGCAACUGA